GUGGUUGCGAGGAGGCGCGUGUGAGAGAAGCUGAGUCUCCGGCACCCACCUGGCUGGGGUCCGGCCUGUUAACCCGGCGGCCUGCAGUCUCCAGGGAGACUCACGUUCUGACUCCUCCUCCUGCUUCUGGACAAUUUGGGGGCUCCUCCAGCAUGGCCAGAGAGUCAGCCCUAGGAGGAAGCACACUUUCUCCUAGGUCCCUCGUCAUUUCCACAGCUCUGCCAGCCGGGAUUGCGGAGGGGUGUGGAGAUCUCAUCCACACGAACGAACCUGAAUGUGAAUGGCAUGGCGGAAUUAAGAAAAUUCACACAAGAGUAUAGGAAAGCAUGGGGUCGGGGACUCAAGACCAAGCCAGUCAAGAGUCCCAAGCUUUGAUUCCCAUAGCGUAUUUAUUGAGGAAAAGCUUUCUAGCAUUCUAGAUUAUAAAUCACGAUAAUGGACAUCACAAGGUAUAUGCUUCAAUUAGAGAAAAAAGCAGAACAUCUUGUUUUUCAUGACUACUAGGGGAGAUAGUUAAUCUUUAACUCGGAGCUGGAGCCUGGUGCCAUGGGCUAUAUGACUGCUUUAUCUCAGUGGUUUUCCUUGAGACUAGUUCUGCUUUCAGAACUGCCUGCAGCCAUGUAGCCGGUCCUGAGCUCUCAGGAUUGUUACUCCAAGUCAAUGUCCUCUUUGUCCUCUGUGGUUCUCUACAGAGGGGAAGGAGGGGGAGCUUAAAUGAGGACCCGGCUGCUGGGCCCCCAUUGGCUGUGACGGAGGAAUUUGCUACCCCCAAGGACAUAGCCAUGGACUUUACCCUGGACGACUGGGAGCAGCUGGGGCUGGACCAGGGGGACCUCUUCUGGGACACAGCACUGGACAACUACCAGGACCUCUUCCUGCUGAACCCCCCCAGAUCCAGCCUGACCUCCCAUCCAGAUGGUGGGGAAGAGCUGGAGGCCCUGGUGAAAGGAAGCCCAGAGUCAGCAGGCCCUGACACGGCUGAAGCCAAGAACUCUCCUCUGCCGCAGGACUUCUUGGAAGAAGUACUCUCCCAGGAGAUUACAGAGACAUUUUCCAAGGAUGACCUCUGGAACUCCCAGUUGGGAGAAGCCUGCAUAGGCCAGAGCUGGUCAGAUAGUUUGCUAGGAGAUCCAGAAAGUCUUCUGAGGUUGGAUACUGUUACCAGCAAGGAAAGUACCACAGAAUGCAAGAGCCACGAACUCAAGAGCGCCCUUGUUCCUGGGUCCCUCCUUUCCCCGGGAACAGGUUCCAUGAUGCAUGAUCUUCCUGAAAAGAGCUUGACACCUGCUAAGUCUCAGGAAUGUGGAACUGAUUUUGGGUGCUACUCAGACCAGAGCCAGCAGGAUACUGUUCAGGGAGGGGAGAAACCAUAUAAAUGUAGUGAGUGUGGGAAGAGCUUCAGCCAGAGUUACCAUCUGAUCCAGCACUGGAUUCUUCACACUAGGGAGGACCCCACUGUGCUUCAAGAGUAUGAGAAAGAUGUCAGCCAGAGUUGUUCCCUUUUCAUGCAAUCAGUGACUCACAGAGGCUACAAAUCCUAUGUGUGUAACAAGUGCGGGAAAACUUUUAGUCAGAAUACACACUUCCUGUGGCAUCAGAACAUUCACACUGAAGAAAAACCAUGUAAGAGUCAAGACAGUGAUGGUCCAGCAGGUCACGAAUCACAGCCUGUUGAGCAUGAGAAACCACCCCCAGAUGGUAAAUCCUACAAAUGUAAUGAAUGUGGCAAGAGUUUCAGCCAAACCUCUCAUCUCACCCGGCAUCAGAAGAUCCACACUCGAAAACGCUACGAAUGUGCCAAAUGCAAGGCGAUCUUCAACUUUAACAAAUACCUCCUCCAACAUCAGAAAAUUCAUGCUGCAAAAACGACCGCUGAGUGUCAGGAGUGUGGGAAGGCCUUCAGGCGAAGCUCCUUGCUUGUUAAACACCAGUCUAUUCACACUGGAGUAAAGCCUUAUAAGUGUGACGAGUGUGGGAAACUCUUCAGCCAUAUCCUGACCCUAAAGAUCCACCAGAGGGUUCACAGUGGCGAGAAGCCGUACAAAUGCAGUGAAUGUGGGAAAGCUUUUUACCGGAACACUCACCUCAGUGAACACCAGAGGAUUCACACGGGCUACAGGCCCCACAAAUGUCACAAAUGCCUCAAGAGUUUCAGCCGGCCCUCCCACCUGAUUCGACACCUGUCCAGUCAUGCCACAGAAAAGCCCUACAGCUGUGCCGAAUGCAAGGAGACCUUCAGCCAUCAUGAAUACCUUGUUCAGCACCAGAAAAUCCAUGCUGUGGAAACUCCCUAUGAAUGUCAGGAGUGUGGUGAGCGCUUCAUUUGCUGCUCGACCCUAACUUGCCACCAGAGCAUUCACACUAGAGAAAAACAAAGACUCAAUGAGAGCAGGAAGAUCUUGAAUGAGAACCCAGAGCAGAGAGAGCAUCCAAGAGUCGGUGAGAAGCUCUUUAAGUGUAACAAAUGUGAGAAAACCUUCAGCCGCAGCAGAUAUCUGACUCAGCACCAGCGGAUUCAUGCCAGGGUGAAACCCUUUGAGUGUACCCAGUGUAGGAAAGCCUUUGGCCAAAGUUCACAGCUCACGCGCCACCAAAGGAUCCACUCUGGAGUGAGACCAUAUGAAUGUGGGGACUGCGGGAAGGCCUUCAUGCAUAGCACCUCCCUCGCCAAACAUCAGUCUACCCAUAAGAGUGAGCACUCCUUUAAGUGUAACGAAUGUGGGAAGACUUUCAGCCAAAGUGCAUGUCUCUUAGAACAUCAGUUAAUCCAUGCUGCGGAGAAGUCCUUUAAACCUAACAAGUGUGACGAACUCUUUGCCCACAGUGACUGUCUUGUUCAGCAUCAGGGAACUCAGGCAGGAAAGAAGCCUUUUGAGCAAAAUGAAUGCAGGAAAACGUCCCAGCAGAACUUGUGCCUUUCCAAACAUCAGAGAGUUCACACAGGUGAGAAGCUCCACGAAUGUGGUCACUGUGGGAAAACCUUCAGCCUGGGUGCUCAACUCAUUCAACACCAGAGAGUUCACACUAGAAAAAAGCCUUACAUUUGUCACGAAUGCGGGAAAGUCUUCAGCCAGAGUUCGUGCUUUUCUAAGCAUCAGAGAGUUCACACAGGUGAGAAACCCUACAAAUGUGGCUACUGUGGGAAAACCUUCAGUCAGGGUGCUCCACUCAUCCGACAUAAGAGGAUUCAUACUGGAGAAAAGCCUUAUGUUUGUCAGGAGUGUGGGAAAGCCUUCACCCAGAGCUCGUGCCUUUCUAAGCAUCAGAGAGUGCAUACUGGGGAGAAGCCCUACGUGUGUGCCGAAUGUGGGAAAGCCUUUGCCCAGAAAGCAAAUCUGACACAGCAUCAGAGAACUCACACUGGGGAGAGGCCUUAUGCUUGUAAUGUGUGUGGGAAAGCCUUUGGCCUUAGUGCCCAUCUCAGUCAGCACCAGAGAAUUCACACCCAAGAGAAACCGUAUCAGUGACCACAUUGUCAGAAAGCCUUGUGCUGCUGCUCAGGUCUCAGCCGACAUCAGUGAACUCACACUUCAGAGAAGCAGGUAGCAGUCCUCCCCAUGGCUGCUGGGUGGCAGCUGGAUCCCAGACAUCUGCGAAUGUGUUCAUGCAAGGCCUAAAGUUGAAAGCAUCUAAGUGUAAGCCUCUCCCCCCAUGAGUAGUAAGUCUCUUUAUUAAUAAAGAUUGAUUAGAAAACUUGCACACAAGUUUCACUAAAACAGUGAAGACACAAGCACUGAGAAGCUGGAGCUUCAGAAGUCAUGGGGUAGACUGGAGCCAGUCUGCUGAGUUAAAUCCCAACUCUGCCAUCUGCCACCUGAGUGACCUGGGGAGAGUCUUGGAACCUCUCAGGACCUCAGUGUUGUCAUUUAUAAGAUGGGCACAAUAAUAGUUACCUACCUCAAAGGGCUGUUGUGAGGAUAAAGAGAUUUAAAGCACUUAGAACUAAGCGCCCAGCACAUGGUAAGUACUCACCUAGUGUGAGCUACAAAUACGCAUCAGAUAUAACAGUUACCUCUUUUACAUUAAAAGGAAUAGAAAGUUAAGCAACCCUCUAUCUCUGUUUAACUGCAGUUAACAUUACUAGUAUGCAUGGCUUUAAUUUUUAAACUUUUAUUCCAAAAUACUCUUGGCUUGGUUGGUUCUAAAAACCCAGCACUUUGCUCUUAAAAAAAAAAAAAGGCUAGCCUUUUCCUUCCCUCCAUCUCUCAGCUCUGUCCUAGUACUUUCUUAACUUACCAACAAAAAGCCAAGAACAUGUAAACUAACGUUGUACAGCAAGAACUUUCCACUCCUACCCUCCCAAACCUCUCACUCAAAAGGACCCCCUCCCACAUCCACAUGCCACCCCCUUCCCAUAAUCUCCCACUUAAAGCUGUUGGUUAAAUGAUGAGACCCAACUUAUUGUGAGUUAAUACCAUAAACAGCUAGAUUCAGUUAGGAAAGUUACAUGGGAUGUCGCUGCCUCUGCAUGGUUCACACUAUCUAUACAGAAGAUGUGCUUGGUGCAAAAAUUGUGAUGCACAGAAAUGACUGCUGGGAUGAAUGUCCUUCACCAUUUGUCCAACUCGGCCACUCACCAGGCACCUUCCUAGGCUCCAGGGUGGGGAACACCAAUAUGGUAAGCCCUGCCCUUGCCUUGAAGCUUCUGGAAUCAAAGGGAAAUGGAUGGCCUUGUUUUCAUACAGGAAUGCUGUUCGUUGCCAAGUGAUAUCUUGGAGUUGGAGCCGUUGCGUUCACUGCUUGUCUUGGCCGGGCCUGUUCUCCAGCAGAGUCUCACCUCAGGGCACCACACGACCCGCUCUCUGGAUGGCACUCCUCGGCUCUGAGCUUUUGUUUCCCACCUGCUAAGUGAUCCAGUCAUCUGUUUGCUGAAGCACAACCUUAUGAAGACAUUGGACUCUGACACUUUUAAUAUUCUGUCAUAUUUUUGGUGCUAAAAAGAUUCAGGAGUCUGUGCUCUGGGCCCUUGGGAUUUUCAAACCACGUACCUUGAGUUGUGCUGGUUGGUUUUCUUGUUGAAACUGGGACUUUAUGGGCUGACCAUUCACACCGUAGUGGGGAGUGUACUGGUUUUCAAAUGGCUGAAACAUCCAGCUCCUCCCUGCCUGUCGUGUCUGGGCAACAGGCCUGAUAUAUGCCUCAGGGGCAGGGCAGGGGUGGGAACUCAAAUUGAUAAGUGUAUUCAACCAAGAAUUUUGAUACCAAAGAUAGAGUCCAGAGGGCUUGUGUGAAGUUGGCAGCCAUUGUGUGUGUGUUUGGGGGUCUGUGUAACAAAAGACCUGUGUUUUGUGGGCUAAUGUAGAAAUGCCCAUCCUCAUGUCUGUGCGUUGGUUCUCUGAUUAAAGUUUUGAGU